AUGUGGCAGAGCACAGUCCUGUGGGGGCAGAAGCUCACAUGCUUUUACAACAGUGCUCAGCUGGUGUCCUGGGUGGACAUUGCAUUCCUCUGCUGUCUCUCAUCAAACAGGAUGUCCACCUGCUCUGCCAUUUGUCCUGUCAUCCAGGAGCCCCGCAUUGUGUACAGCUUUGACACCUCCAUCCCUCUCUGCAGGAACUACACUGGUAAUCUCCCUCAUCACCCUUGGGUUUAUCCUUCAAGGAAAACAAAAAUCAAUCCUGAAUAGCUGGUGACCAUUUUUUAUGCAGCCCUGAACAGCAGCACGUGGCAGAACCUGCCUCACCAGAAGGCACUGAAACUACUCAGUGGCCUCAGUUUUCCUGAAUGCUGCUCCGUGUGGGCAGAGCAGAAAACUUCCUUCAGGUUUGUGUGCAAGAGUUUUGUCAGCAAGAGUUUUGCCUCUUCGAUGACUCAAGAGGAGAAAGUAAAUGGUUUAAUGCUGAGAACCUUUUCCUGGUUUGACUUGACAGCUGUACCAAUGAGAAAGUCUCUCUUUAGCCAGCUGCUAGAAUAGAGAGAGCUCGUCCAGUGCCAUCCCAUCCUGGUGCUCUACUAGACAAGGCAUCCUCUGGAGACUGGUCCACAAAGCAAUGUGGGUAAUCAGCACUAAUUAGCU